AUGUCUGGCCACGACCCUAGAGCGAGUGAGAAUGAAGUGUUCAUGCGAAACAUAACCCAUGCUCGGUCGUCGUUGCCGCGGCAACCUUGGGAACAGCCGGCUAUGCUGUGCAUAUUUGAUCCAUUGAAGGCGGCUUUCCCUCAGGGCUUGAACCUGCCUUAUCAGGGACUGGUUGGUUCGUCGCCUGUUCCUCAGACGACAGCACAGCCUUCGGAUUCCGGACCGUCUGUGACGAGUGGUUCUCAUUGUCAGGCAUGGACUCGUGCAGUCAAGGCAAAACGAGGGCCUAGGGCCGCGGAUCGUCGCGAAGAGGCGUACCGCCGGGUCCUCACAUUACUGCAUGCUUUCUCGAGUUUCUUCGAUUUGUGUACCUUGAUGGCUGAUGACGAGGAGGACGGCCAGGAUUCUGUUCAGGCAGUUUUGGCAGGGAAAUCACAGAAUACCAUUUUGAAACAUGUGGGUCCGGUUCGUACCUUUUGUGAGUGGCUUUUGAAAGCCAGCUACGCUCCGCCUUUUGCGGAGAAAACUUUAUGGUCUUUCAUCCAUUGUGUCCUCAAGAUGCCCAAGACUGCGGCCACCACACUGGACAGUAGUCUGCGUGCUAUCAAGUGGAGCUAUUAUACAUUGGGACUACGUGUACAACUAGAGGUUUUCAGCAGCCCUCGAAUUCAUGGUGUGGUGAAGAAGGCGUUACAGACUAAAAACCCUUGGUGCCCGGCGACGCCCCUCAAAGUAUCAGAAGUUCUCCAACUGCACGCGAUCUGUUGUGAUCCCUCUAUUUCUGUCAUUGAUAGAUGCGGGGCGGCGCAUUUCCUUGCUAUGCUCUAUGCGAGGGCAAGACCAUCGGACAUCCGGUGCGUCAAAAGUAUCUUGAUAGAUGUGCACAACGAGGACUGGAGCUCGGGUUUCAUUGAGUUAGGGACGCUCGAGCACAAGACGUCUCGGCUGGACACCCAGCGACGUCGUAUACUGCCUCUGGCCGGUUUGCCGAAUGAUCAGGCGGAUGUCCCAUUUUUGCCGGCGCCUCUGCCGGAUGGGUCUUGGUCCUCCGACCCGCUGUCUAGCAGCGAAAUUACCAGGUGGCUGAGGUAUUUACUGCCACGUCCAUCGUCGGAACAGGCUGUGAGUUCGCACUCGUUGAAGGUUACCUCACUUGUUUGGUGUAGCAAAUUCGGGAUGCUUCGCGAGACCAAGCGAGUUCUAGGCCAUCACGCGGACGCUGCGACUGGCAGCGAUGCAGUUUAUGGACGCGAGUUGCAGAGUGCGGCACUGCGUGAGUAUGUUGUCGUGCUGGAUGCAGUCGCGACGGGCAAGUUCCUGCCGGACCAGACCCGUUCAGGUCAUUUCGCAUCAGGUUGGACUCGGGAAUCUGUCCUGCAGGCGGCUGCUUUUCCACCGGACUCGGAAGUCCUACAGGCGGCUGUGGAGGACGACCAGGAUGAUGCUUUGGCUGUAGUUUCUGAUGUUUCGGACUCCGAUGAAGAGGCCCCGGAGGAACAAUCUUUCUGGGCUCACCCGACGAGCCAGCUUUUGGUGAUCAUUAUCAUUAUCGGCGCAUCCCUAUGGCGCGGGCGCAAGCGCACCCACAAUGUGCCAAGUGUUUCCCCCAGAGCGCAGUUUGAUUUCUGCCUGCUCGAAAAGCGAGCGGAUGAAAUCUCGCUUGCCAAGCGAGUCGUGGAUGCCCUGAAAGGUGAAGGGGUCACCACUUUGGCCCAGUUGGCUUUUUGUGUCGGACAACCGGGACAGGUGCUAUCUCAGACUGAGUUUGACACGUGGAGCGAGGCCAUGUUGGUAGGCAUCACGGUGGGCGAGAAGGCGUCUCUGAGGCCUUUGAUACUGGAAGCUCAGACCAUGCUAGUGGCUUCCUUGAAGGAUUUGGCAGAACCUGCGGAACACGCUUCCCCUAAAAAGGUGGGGGUCGCCGAGCGUAAUGCUCGCAUGGAUCAGCUUCGGACUCAGCUCGCAGGAGUUUCGCUCACUGGACAGCUUGAGCCGAGUCAUGCAUUGCUUGACAUGAUUGACAUGGCCGUUCAGCAGUGGGAGAGUCGGUGCUUGAAGUACAUCGGUCCAGAGAAGUGCCAUAGCCGUGAGGAUGAGGUUCAGAACAUCAAGCCCUUGACCACCAGUCUGUCCUUGGAAGGCGGUAAGUUGAAGGUUACGGAGACUGCUGGUAUGGACGAUCGCGAUAUUGAGGGCUCUUUGCAGGUCCUUAAUGCCCUGCGUCGCAGAGGAGUGGCUUAUGCAUUUGCUCGCUUGAUCAGUUGGGAGAAGCAUGAGGCUUACAUCGCCUCUUUGUUCAGGUAUCUGACCAAACCCGCUCAGCCUGGUUACAGGAAAGUGUCUCUUCGUCAGAUUCUGCGGGCUGACAAGCUUGCCUUUUCCAAGUUGUCGGAGGCAGGUGAAGACAUCCGGGCAGACGCCUCAGGCACUCUCCCACUUGAUGCAGCGAUCGGGGCUAUUCUUCAUGAUUACGACCUAAUUGUAGCCCUUCUGCCUAUGGGCGACUUGGACGGUAAGGGCAAGAAUGCUAAUGGCCGAGGCGGUCGUCCUGGCCCUUACGGCGAUACUGCGCCCUGGAAGGGGAAGAAUGGCAAAGGUAAGGGUGAUUGGAACUCCAAAGGCUCUGAUAAUUGGACAGGGAAAGGCAAGAACACCUGGCAAGCUAAGGGCAAGUCGCCCAAGGGCAAAGGCUCGGGGGCCGGCAAGCCGGAAUGGUUACCUGAGGGACUUCGCUUCCAGGGAGCCUCUGCAUGGAAUCAUAAAGGCAACAAGGUCUGUUACGGCUUCAACCUCGGGACUUGUUCGGAUGCAAACUGCCAGAAGGGCGAUCAUACUUGCUGCAUCUUCAAAUGCGGUGGUGACCACCCGGUGGGUGGUAUCUCUGUAGCUGAUGUCGCGGCCCCGGCUUCGCCACCUUUUGGAGUGGGAGUGGACCCUGCUUCUAAGAUGGUGGAUGUCGACGAUUCUCCGAUUUUGGUAGAACCUACAGUUUUGGAUGCCCCUACGAUGCCGAGUGCUUCGUCUGAGUCGUUUUCCUUGGAGCACGCAGGGAGCGAGGGGGCGCUCCCCUCACCUCUCGUGGCAUCACAGGACAAUUCUCCGGCCCCUCAGAGUCAGGAGCCAAGCAGGGCCAUUUUGCAGUGUUUUGCAGGCCAAGCUCGUGUGGCUUCAGCUUUGAUUAAGCAGGGCUAUUUUUCCUACGGAGUGGACCGAUUCAAGCAGAAGGCGGCUAUGGCCCCAGUGCUUCAGAUGGACUUGUCGACGCGGGAGGCUUGUGACUCUGUCCUAACAUGGCUUGACAAACGGAAGAUUGCGGGUGUUAUGAUAUGUAUUCCUAAGCCUGCCUCGGAGCCUGUCACUACAGCUUUCAUUCUGGCCGUGAUGGCUGGCUGCUUAAGCAACAACCUGCCCAUGAUUCUUGAGGGUUCGGUGUCCUCUCCAUUUUGGGAGAAUCGCCUACCAGCAGCACAGCACCCUCCGCAUCAGGUGGAGGUUGAUUGGCGGUAUUGGGACCCACAUAGCAAACAGCGCAGCUUCGUGUUGUCUAAUAUGCCUGAAGUCCUCACUGUGCGCAGGGAGUCGGCUCUGCUGGGACAUAAGGUGCACCAGCGCUCGGAGGCGCAGACAGGCUACCCGCCGGUUUUUGCCACGGCGGUAGCUGAGGUUUUCAUUGCAGGUUUGACUCAGCGACAGCUGCCGUGCCGUAGCCCGGCCUUGACUAACAAAUCGCUGCGAGUUUCGGCUAUGAAUCAGCCACGUGGGGCGAUGCCGGAAGUGGUGUCUGAAUGGAAGUUGGUGGUCUAUGUCUUUCUGCCACCACAGGUUGAGGAUCCGUUUGGCGGGUCGAAGCGCCUUAAACAGGACUGGCGGGUCCCGCAAGGCGCCCGUGUGCUGCCGGAGCUUGGGGCGCUCCCGCAGGAUUCCCAGCUUCUGUCGCGUACUCAGUCAGGGGGGCAAUUGAGCCCGCAACUCCAGCAGGAAAUGCAAAACUUGAAUGGAGCCUCAGUUUUGCGAGUGGGCAUCCCAUGGGAUCCCAUCGAAUUUAUCGCCAAAGCAGGUAAGAUUGGACACCCAUAUCAUAAGUUAUCCAAGUGCAACAAGGAUUUGAGAGACCUCGUUCAUGACCUAGUACACAAACCGGGAAUGGUUCGUUCUCAGAGGAAGAAUUACAUCGAGAAGUGGGCCAGAAGAGCCAAAGAGUUGGAACCAGAGGAAGCCAAGCUGAAAGCUGGCAUGUCGGAUCACAGAAGGAAGAUCCUUCAACCCAAACGUAUCUUGCUGUUCGAAGAGAUGCUGCGAGACAUUGGGUAUGAUGAUAUGGGUGUGGUUCAGGAACUCAUCGACGCAGCCACGCUGACGGGAGACAUUCCUAUCACCGGGGUGCUGGAUACCAAGCUCAAGCCUGCUAGGUUGGAUAAUGAACAAAUUUUGGGGAUGUCUGAUGAAAUCAAACAGCAGAUCCGGGCGAAGACUGGGUCGUCGGGUGAUAAGGAAAUUGACCAGCUGUUGUGGGACAAGACGAUGGAAGAGGUGCAGAGUGGGUACCUCUCGGGACCUUAUGAUUUCGAGUCAUUGCCGAAACGAUGUUUGGUCAGCUCCCGUUUUCCGCUACUGCAAGGGGAGAAGCUGCGACCUAUUGACAACUACUCCUCGAGUUUGAUUAACGAUACGGUCACAGUCUCUGAAAAGCCCAUCACGCACUCUAUCGACGAAAUUGCUAUGUUGAUAAAUACACUCUCGAGUGCUGCUCGAAAGAAGAACCUGAACGCUUUGUACGGGAAAACGGCGGAUCUGAAGGGGGCUUACAGACAAUUGGCGGUAUCUGAUACAAGCUUAGAUUUCUCUUACCUCUCGGUCUACGACCCGGCAGAGGAGAAGCCCAAGUUGUUCCAACAACUAGCUGUGCCCUUCGGCUCCACCAAGGCCGUGUAUUUUUUCCUCAGGGUGGCGAGAGCUCUUUGGACUAUCCUGGUCAAAGGGGCCAGGAUCCCAACCACGAAUUACUUCGACGACUUUGUUCUGCUCGCUCUUGGAGGAGAUAGGAGUUCGUGUUCGCACGUUUUCGAUGAAGUUAUGAAGCUGUUAGGUUGGAAACUGUCAGCUGAUAAGACAACGGAGUGGAACACUAGCUUCGAGGCCCUUGGCGUUCUUUUCGAGCUUGACCAGACGGGGUCAGGAGUUCUGAAGGUCAGGAACACUGAGAAACGACGCAAGGAACUUACUGCUGCGAUCAAGGGUUUCCUGGACAAGGGAGCCAUGACUCAGAAGGAAGCUUUACAACUGCGGGGUAGGCUACAGUUUGCUCAAGCCCAGUUUUUCGGUAGACUGGGGAGAAGGUGCCUGACAGAGGUGACAAAGCAUGCCUACACUGGUAGGUCGAAGCUUUCGUCGAUGGCCAAAGAACGACUUGAAGAGUUUGGUAAGUUCCUUGACAUGGCCCAACCGAGGUUAGUGGGACAAGUUUCAUGCAGGACUUUUAUGAUCCUUACCGAUGCGGCGUUUGAGACGGAAUCAGGAACCGGAGGCCUUGGGGGAGUCCUUCUUACCGGGGCAGGUUCUGCACUUUCUUUCUUCAGCGUGCCGAUCUCAGAGCAGCAAGCCAAGUCGAUGUCGUUACAAGAUGAGCAUACGAUCAUAUAUGAGCUCGAAAUGUUCGGAGUCUUGAUCGGUCUCAAGCUCUUAGUCGAGAAGACGGCUGCUUUCGCAGAAUCAUACGAACAGCCGGGUGCUGUGGCUGGAACGGGAGUGAUUUGUUAUAUCGAUAAUGAUGCUGCGAGACACGCAUACAUCGCCGGCUCUUCGAAGAAAGGGGUUGCUGGGAUUCUUAUCGAUGAGGUCAAUUUUCUUGAGUAUGUCCACGGCAUCUUGCCGUGGUAUGCGAGAGUGGCAUCACCAGCCAAUCUGGCUGACGACCGACAGUUCGAAGAUAUCGGCCGUGUGCGGUACUUGCUACCCCACCGUGUGAAAAUAGCGCCGGUCUGCAAGCUUGACCUAGCCACUGCCUCUGGUCAGUCAGUCAUCUGGGAUGUGCUUCAGGCUCGAAAACCCUUUGCAGUCCAUCUGGCACCUCCGAUUCUUUCGGACCACAAGGCCCUCGCACAGUUCAUUUGCGACAUCAUCGGCUGGUGCGCCCAAAAUGAUGUUGUGGUGUCUCUUGAACAGCCUGACCGGAGCGAAGGCUGGGCCCUGCUCACGUCCUGCGCGCGUUCCCGUUUGCCAUCCGAGGUUCUUUCGAAGUGGGCUGGGCUUCAGAAGGUUGUUUUUCCCAUUUGCAUGCACGGGGGCUCUAGUCGGGCUCUGACCCGCCUCUUUGGCACGCCUCGUGUCUUCGAAUCCUUAGCGGUCGCUUGCGACGGCAAGCAUUGGCAUGGUCCGCGCCCCGGCGCCUGGGCCGUUCCCGCUGCCUACCCACAGAUUCUUUGCAACCGCAUCGCGGACUGCCUGCUGCAGUGUGCCAAGGCUAGGUCCGCCACGCCGAGUCCGAUCACUCGACUCAAAGAGGCUUCCACCGCCGCGCUGGGACGUCAGACCAAGCGCCAUGCCCCUUUGGUUCCUGAGUACCGGUCCUUUAAGGUAGUCCCGCAAGGUUCUAAACUUCAGCCCUGCGAGCGCAUCCUCUCUGCCAAGUUCGCGGGGGGAUCAACCGAGGAUGGACCAGAGGCUUCAAGAAAGCAGUGGAAAGUGGGGAUAUUGCACUCCCCCUCCGAGUUUCUGAGUAAAGCCUUAAGCUGCCCUCACCCCCUUGACGCUGCUAGACCGUUAUCCAAACACUUCCUGGAUGCCCUUGAAGCUGUGAUGACGACAACCCCUAAGGUCUUAGAGCUCAAGAGGAAGUUAGCGAUUGCUAAGGCUGAAAUUCUUGUCAAGAAACUCAGCUGUUCUGAGAAGGCCAGGCACCAGGCCCUUCCCGGCCAUAUGAAGAAAGUGCUUACAAGCAAGAACCUUUCACUCUUUGAGGCGCUCCUCAAGGAGCAUGAGUACUGGGAUAUGGGGGUAGUCCAGCUCAUGGAAAAGGGUGUAGACCUCGUUGGGUUUCAGGAUUCCCAGCUUCUGUCGCGUACUCAGUCAGGGGGGCAAUUGAGCCCGCAACUCCAGCAGGAAAUGCAAAACUUGAAUGGAGCCUCAGUUUUGCGAGUGGGCAUCCCAUGGGAUCCCAUCGAAUUUAUCGCCAAAGCAGGUAAGAUUGGACACCCAUAUCAUAAGUUAUCCAAGUGCAACAAGGAUUUGAGAGACCUCGUUCAUGACCUAGUACACAAACCGGGAAUGGUUCGUUCUCAGAGGAAGAAUUACAUCGAGAAGUGGGCCAGAAGAGCCAAAGAGUUGGAACCAGAGGAAGCCAAGCUGAAAGCUGGCAUGUCGGAUCACAGAAGGAAGAUCCUUCAACCCAAACGUAUCUUGCUGUUCGAAGAGAUGCUGCGAGACAUUGGGUAUGAUGAUAUGGGUGUGGUUCAGGAACUCAUCGACGCAGCCACGCUGACGGGAGACAUUCCUAUCACCGGGGUGCUGGAUACCAAGCUCAAGCCUGCUAGGUUGGAUAAUGAACAAAUUUUGGGGAUGUCUGAUGAAAUCAAACAGCAGAUCCGGGCGAAGACUGGGUCGUCGGGUGAUAAGGAAAUUGACCAGCUGUUGUGGGACAAGACGAUGGAAGAGGUGCAGAGUGG